AUGGAGAUAACGCCAUCAAGGCAAUCAGAUACAAUUCAGUCUCAUGACUUCUCCGACUCAGACUUGUUAAAAACAGUAUCAAGUGAUAGUAUCGACGAUUCGGAUGACUUGGAUGAUGACAAGUCAUCAUUAUCAUACUCAAACGCACUUGCAACAGUUACUGUUCCAGAUAAUAUUACAAUUGGCUCGACUGCAAACACCACGGACAAACUCGUGUCAACGUAUCGCAAUUGGGUCGGUCCUACUAUUGGAAAACCUUCGGACCCUGCAUUCGAUAAGACUUGUUGGCGAAAAGCUUACAUCAUGGAUGAAUGUCCAUACGGCUUUGACUAUAAUAUGAAAAUGUGUUGGGCCCAGUGUCCCAUGGCAUUUCCUGUAAAAUGUGGUGUCGAGUGUCUUCGACAAAAUGAUAAUUGUGCAGCUGCUAUCUAUGCAAAGUUUGUGAGCGUGGCCAAUGCCUUUUUUUCCGUGCAAAUUAUGGGCGUCUUUGGGACGUUUUCAAAGCUUUCACAGACCGUUCGCGUCGGAAUCAAAUGCGCUCGAGCCAUGUUUGGUACCAUGCGUGCGAUUGUCAACUAUGUUCGAGCUUUAAAAGUAUCAAAUCCAAAAACAACCAAGGAUCAAAUCCUUUUGGCGUUGUACCAGACGAGCUACAUUACAAUUGACCUUCCUGUUAGUAUUGUUAUGUGUAUGGGUAGAUCGUACAAUUGGCAAGUUCUUGAUCCUGUUAGUGUGGCCAUGGGUACAAUUCAAGUGAUUUUAGGAGAGGUCCUGGCUCGCCAAGAUAGUAUUCUCAAGAGUUGGGGAAAGUUUAAAGCUUUUCUUACGAGAUCAAACUUUACUUACGCUGUGAACGAUCUUAAUGACACGGAUAUCUCGUCGUUAAAAAAGGGUAUGGAAUCUAAUUCGACGUGUGGCUACGAACUCCAACGACUUACUGAUCGCACAUGGAGAACAAUUGCUGAGAUGAAAGAAGCAAACCCAACUAUCACCCAGGAUAGUUUACGUGUCCAAGUGUACAAGUCUGACCUCAUGCUACACGACAUUCCUACUGCGACGAAUAAUUGCAUGGAACAAAUGAUCUCUGAGUCAGAUGAAGCCACGGCAUACAAAACGCGUGACAUGCUUCGCAAGACCUAUGGCGUCAUGAUUGAUGACUUAAUUGACCAUGGCAAAAGUGACAACGGUACAUCCUUGACAGCUAAGCAGUACACUCGAGUCGUGGCCGACAAAGUACUUAUGGCGAUUGCGACACUAUUUUACGUUGAUUUGACACGUAUUUCUGGUAUGCUGUCGGAAUACAUUCAGACAAUCUGUGGUCCCACGCAACUUGUUGGUGAGAUCGAUGAUGGUACUCAUCCCAAUACGCUCGGACUUCGAAUUGUCGGAGACGCCUUUGAGGGAAGCAGCAUCUCCUGGAAGCGAAGAGGUGAUGGCAAUGUCGUGAUUACAUUCGUUAGUACAGACAUUAAAAACGUGACUGUCAACAUCAUUUCGGGUGGCGACAAGUUUGAUGAAAAGAAUGUUCCAGCUGGUCAAACCGUGACGUGGGAAUCAACCGUAAAUGAAUUGGGAGGACAGACGCUGUACCUCGAUCGAUGGCGUGCGGGAAUUCUUGAUAUUCCCGGUACUGGCGGUGGAUCGCUCAAACUUUGGGUACCUCGAGCCAAAGAAGGUGGCCAUUUGGAUAUCACUGCAAUACUUAAUGCAAGUUAA